AUGCGAGGCUUAAUACAAGGUAGAUUUUGGUGGUCCGCCGACCGCUACGUCACCGUGAAAAUAAACGCUAUCGAUCUUGAGAGGAAAAUAGCUGAGAGUGAGCUUGAUAUCAUGCAGCAUAUAUCAAGAUCAAGACUCUGGCCUGAAGGACGACAUUUCGUCCGAUCAUUGCUUGACUCUUUCAGGCUUCAGACCGCUCAUGGCGAGCAUAUAUGUCUUGUUUUCGAGCCUUUGCGCGAACCGCUCUGGAUACUUAUGAGAAGGUUUGAGGACGAAGUGCUUCCCCCUCAGCUGAUAAAGAUCAUGCUUCAAAUGCUACUUCACGCCCUCGACUUCCUUCAUAGCGACUGCCACGUCAUCCAUGCUGAUCUUAAGCCUGAUAACGUUAUGGUUAGACUAGAAGACAAGUCACUUCUACAUAAGUCUGCGCUCGAUGAAAUGAAGGAUCCAGCGCCUCAAAAACAAUGUCAUGACCGGACGAUCUACCUCUCCCGAAAUAAUUUUGGCCACCCUGGAAAGAUCACUGGAAUAGUGUCGAUCACCGACUUUGGUUAUGCCGUCCGCGGUGACGUCCCUCAACAUGGACCCAUCCAGAUAGAGCUAUGGGACUUGAUGGAGGGGGAUUCUCUCUUUAGAGCGGCAAAGCCCAUGGAAUCGAAGUAUGACGACGAAAAACAUCUUGCAUAUAUCACGGCAUUGCUCGGGCCUCCGCCAGCAGAUCUCCUUGCUCGGGGAAGGCGAACUUCGAUGUUUUGUGACCAGCAAGGUGAGCCUCUACGCGAUAAUUUCAGCCUCAAGCGAGGAAUAUUUACAUGCGACACAGGCAAAUUAAACAAUCCAGAUCUCAUCCCUCAAGACUUCAGCUUCCAAAAUUCCGUCAACAAGGUUGAUGGGGAGGAUAAGAAGAUGUUCUUGACUUUCGUGCGUCGAAUGCUUAAGUGGCAACCAGCAGAGCGAAGCACAGCGAAAGAACUUCUCGACGAUCCUUGGCUCGGGGAACGCCCAAAAUAA